GCUCUUUUUUUUAACUCUUCAUAUCCCAUCUAUAGCUGGACAUUCUAUUGAGGCCAAUCAUUGUUUUUACAUGUCUCUGAUAUUUUAUUUGCUUAAUUGGACAAUUAGAAACCAGCUUUAGAAGGUAAAGACUUAUCCUAGGUGUAUGAUUAUAAUUGUUUAAGAAAUCCUAAUUUUUCAUAGACUUUCCCCGCAAUAAACCGCUGCAGCUGAACAUCCAUGUGUUGACAUAUCUGAAGUGAAACACAGACUUGUGAUUACCGUGUAACCUCUUUCACUCAAAGCCCCAGACGGCAGUAUCACUGAUACGAGAGACGACACUUGUCAUAUUCUACAUAUCAGCAACAUUCUAUACAAUUUUUCCUUCAGAUUCCUCCAGUAACUCAAUAUAUCAGAUAUUACACAGUAAUUGCUAGAUCAGGAGCAGUCACUGUCUUCUGGGUCCUGUGAAGCAGAAUGAGAGAUGUCAAUUGUGGUUAAGCAAUGAGCGGCUGGAGAGAUGACAGCAUAGUGUUCCUUACAAGCCUUGCUAUAUAUACAGUACUGCCUUACUUCUCCUUUGUAUCACUAGUAAGCCUAGAGAGACACAUACAAGUGCAACUUGUCAUAGGGAAAAAAAAUAAACUAUAAACCUACCUAACUGCUAUAGAGAUAAGGGAGACAGAUGACAAUAUGUUAUUCACUGCAGACCUCUAUGUUUCAGAUAAUCUAGUGUAUAACAUCUGCCAGUUUAACCUCUGGGACUGAACAUGCACCGUUUCAGUAGAUUAUAUAUGUAUAUAAAACAUGAUCCACAUCAGGAGUUACACAAUGUUUACUUGUAGUUCUGGAGUUUUAAUGCACAGACACAAACUACGCUCCCGUAGAUCUGUCUACGUUGCGGAGCUUUCCACUACGAUCGCAAUAAUAUAUACAGAUCAUUCAAUGUGCCUGAUGUCUAUAGUGUUAGGUAAGUGUAAGCGCCGUGGAUUUUUUAAUUUUUUUUCUAUGGUGCCAACGUGACUGAUAACCCAACCAAAAAAUAAAUAAAAAAUACAUUAAAAAAAUUGCAAAUAAACCAGCAUUGAAUUCACACAGACCCCUGAUGAAGUUUGUUCCCCCACCAAGGUUCAACUUUGCCUUGAGAGAAAGACGCUUUAAAAUCGCCAUCUCUUUAGCUACUCGAUACAGCGAUAUCCUUAAAGCGUGAUUUAUUAAAAACAAUCCUUUCUGCGGACAACAAGGCUUGGCUUGGACUCAUCCUUUUUUCUGUCCUCAUCUGAAUUCCCCCUUUUUUUUCCUCCUUCUCCAAGUUGACUGUCCCACCUUGCUUCUGAAGUUGUCUCCUGAUUGGUGUGUGCCCCCUCCCUUACGUCACUCAGAAUGUGACGUUCAGUCUUCCUGUUUCCUCCAGCUGUGUCUUAAAGUAAAUCUUGUUGUAGCGCGGAGCCUCAGCUGAGCUGUGCCUGCAGAACUAAUACAAUUACAGCCAGCAAAAGGAGAGAGCAGCACAAAAGAUCUCUCCUCGCUCUCUCCCUGCUUCUCUACACUCAGCCUCCUGUUUGUUCUCUGUCAGAUUCACACACACGCGCACUCACACACUCUCUCUCUCACACACACACACACAUACGUACUGAUACACACUGUCCUUUAGUCAUUCAGACACACACACACAAACAUUCUCCCUCCCUUGUCAAAUUGUACUAUUCAUCAGCAGAUAGCAAAGGCUCCUUGCUUUUUUUCCACCGACACACAGGAUCAGUUUCCUCGCUUUCACUGAGGUCCCAGGAUUCUCGAGCUGUGCCCAGCUGACAAGCUUUUGAAGAUGGCACAAUAACAGUCCAGUGAUGCCUGACCAUGACAGCGCAGCCCUCUUAAGCAGGCAGACCAAGAGAAGAAGAGUUGACAUUGGAGUGAAAAGGACUGUAGGGACAGCAUCUGCAUUUUUUGCUAGAGCAAGAGCAUCAUUUUUCAGUGCCAUGAAUCCCCAAGGUGGAGAGCAGGAUGUUGAGUAUUCAGUGGUGCAGCAUGCAGAUGGGGAAAAGUCGAAUGUACUCCGCAAGCUGCUAAAGAGGGCGAACUCCUAUGAAGAUGCAAUGAUGCCUUUUCCAGGAGCAACCAUCAUUUCCCAGCUGUUGAAAAACAACAUGAACAAAAAUGGUGGCACAGAGCCCAGUUUCCAAGCCAGUGGGCUCUCAAGCACAGGCUCAGAGAUACAUCAGGAGGAUGUAUGCAGCAACUCUUCAAGAGACAGCCCCCAAGAGUGUCUUUCCCCUUUUGGCAGACCCUCGAUGAGAGAGUUUGAAAUAGAUCGGUUGUGUGAUGAACACCUGAGAGCAAAGCGUGCCCGGGUUGAAAAUAUAAUCAGAGGUAUGAGCCAUUCCCCAAAUGUGUCAAUGAGGGGCAAUGAAAAUGACAGAGAUGGAGCCCCUCGGUCCAUAAGUCCCCGAGAAAGCUAUAGAGAGAACAAGCGCAAGCAAAAAUUGCCGCAGCAGCAACAGCAGAGUUUCCAGCAGCUGGUUUCAGCUAGGAAGGAGCAGAAGCGAGAGGAGCGUAGACAGCUGAAACAGCAGCUGGAGGACAUGCAGAAACAGCUGCGCCAGCUGCAGGAAAAGUUCUACCAGAUCUAUGAUAGUACUGACUCUGAGAAUAAUGAAGAUGGCAACCUGUCUGAAGACAGUAUGCACUCUGAAAUGAUAGAUGCUAGAGCCCAGGAUUCUGUGAGCAGGUCAGACAAUGAAAUGUUUGACUUAGAUCCUGGACAGUUCAUUGACCGUGCUCGAGCUCUUAUCAGGGAGCAUGACAUGGCACCAGAUAAUCAGCAGAAAAGAGAGGGACCUAAAGACAAAGAUCAUUUACAUAGCACUUUCCACCCAGAAGGAAAACAUCUGGCAGAAACACUAAAACAAGAACUGAAUACCGCCAUGUCCCAGGUAGUGGACACGGUGGUAAAGGUCUUUUCUGCUAAACCCAUGCGUCAACUUCCUCAGGUCUUCCCACCCAUCCAGAUUCCUCAGGCAAGAUUUGCAAUCAAUGGAGAAAACCAUAACUUCCACACCACCAACCCACGUCUGCAGUGCUUUGGCGAUGUCAUCAUUCCAAAUCCCUUGGACACAUUUGGUGGUGUUCAGAUGCCUAAUUCCACAGACCAAACUGAAGCACUGCCCUUAGUUGUACGAAAAAAUUCUAAUGACCAGCCUCCCCCUGGGCCCCCACCCGGUAGCCACCAUCCACUACAUCAGUCCCCUCUCUCAGCAGCUGCCAACUUCUCAUCCCCUCCUUUCCGUCACCCAUUCCCUCUUCCACUCAUGGCAUACCCAUUUCAAAACCCAUUGGGUGCCCCACCAUCAGCCUUUCAAGCAAAAGACAGGUCAUCCCCAGAAUCCCUAGACUUGACUAGGGAGACCACCAGUUUGAGGACCAAGAUGUCAACCCACCAUAUGAACCACCAUCCAUGCUCUCCAGCCCACCCACCAAGCUCCACGGAAGGGCUAUCGCUGUCUUUCAUCAAGUCAGAGUGUGGAGACAUGCAAGAUAUGUCUGACAUUUCACCUUACUCUGGAAGUGCAUUCUACAUGCAGGAAGGCCUGUCUCCAAAUCACUUGAAAAAAGCCAAACUCAUGUUUUUUUACACGCGCUAUCCAAGCUCCAACAUGCUGAAAACCUACUUCUCAGAUGUAAAGGAAGCCAUAAACACAAGGGAGCUGUGUGCAGUCUAUGCUGGUGGCAGUCACAUAUGCCCUGGACCGCUGACUAUGGGUAUCCGCUAUGGGUUUAACAGAUGCAUUACCUCUCAACUCAUAAAGUGGUUCAGCAACUUCCGGGAAUUCUACUACAUCCAAAUGGAGAAGUACGCCAGGCAAGCCAUUAAUGAUGGUGUAACCAGCACAGAAGAGCUGUCCAUCACCCGGGACUGUGAGCUAUACCGGGCCCUAAACAUGCACUACAACAAAGCCAAUGACUUUGAGGUUCCGGAGAGAUUCCUGGAAGUGGCGCAGAUCACAUUACGAGAGUUUUUCAAUGCCAUUAUAGCAGGCAAAGAUGUUGAUCCUUCCUGGAAGAAGGCCAUAUACAAGGUUAUCUGCAAGUUGGACAGUGAAGUCCCUGAAAUCUUUCGUUCCCCAAACUGCCUACAAGAACUUCUUCACGAGUGAUGAUUCCACUGCUGGUUCUGAAUGUACAAAACUGACUUUUUUUUGCCCCCCACCCUUUUCCUCUGCUCCCCCUCAAGUUUGUGCGUAAGUGUGAUGAUUGCAACUGUAUAUCCAUGUGUAUACAUGACAUACACAUGCAUAGACAUUCUGUAAUGUAUUUUAUUUAUAUCCUCCCUUUUUAAUGAUAACUUGAUUAGCUACGAUCUAUCACCCUUUACUAAAUGUUUUAUUGAGCUCCCUGUACUUAUGACCGAGCACAAUAAGGAUGAUGAGUCUGCCGUGUAUAUAUAGUAUAUUAGGGCAUUUAAGAAAAGUCUACGUACUUACUGUUACUUUUGUCAUUCUGUGGAUUUAUAAUCUGCUUUUUUUUAAGAACAGCUAGUUAGUAAAGUGUAUUUAUAUUUAAGGUCAUGUUAAACUGUAUAUUGAUCAUCAGCACACUAGCGGAUGCAGCCAUCCUGUAUGUUACCACCUAAAAAUUGUUACCCACUGGUAAGUUUCCAAGAAUUGAUAGGGUUAGCUAAAAACAUGGCUGUCAUCUACUGUGUGCAGAUGAUGCUGUUACACUUUAACUUAUUGUAAAACAUUGCCGAGUCAUUUUCCUGCUACUGUAAAACGGAAGGAGCUCAAUCCUAUCUAGUUUAUCUCAUGGAGGAUUAUUACUCGGGCGAUGUAGGAGUAGAUUUCAAAGAAAUAACAUAUGGCACAUAUAAGAAUGGUUACUGUUCUUCUGAUACUUGAGCAAGUAUGUCGGCAGGCAAUCUGCCAUUCUGUAUACUGGAAGGUCGGUGCCUCCAUCUUGUAUAUUGAAGGGGGCUACUAACUGUUAAGGCUAACAGGGAACUCACUUUAUGGCACAAAUGUCCUAUUUCAGCACAGUAGGUGUCACAAUGCCGGACGCUUUGCGUUCUUCAUUUGUUUUCAGUGUGUCUUCAGUUCACGGGUUAAAUACUUGGGAUAUUACACAUUGUCAUAAUCUUAUAGCUACUGCUUAUCUGGGUUCUGUGGACUAUCAAGGGUGUAUGUACCAUAUAGGCACCUGCUAUGGGGAGGCGUUCCUGCUCAGGUUCACCCCAUCCACAUGGGUGGAAUCAAUGUAGCAUAGCUCCCCCCCUUCCACAGGCCUUAGAGAGAGGCCCAAUUUUUUAUUUUAUUUCUACUACGCCUCAUCACCUCUAUGUACAUCCCUGAAAUGCACUUAUUAUGUCUCUCUCUCAGAUAGGAAUAUUUAGUGCCCGCUCAGCUGUGUCUUUUUUGCAUCAACCAAUCUCAUAUAAUGGUUGGGCAAAUGGCUGCUCAAGCACCGAAAUGACUACUGCACAAAAAGUUAAGCAAAAACCCCUUUCAGGGCCAUGGAGUCAGAGCACUGUGAACUACGUGAAAUUGUAGUCAGCACUGGAAACUAAAGAAAAAUAAUUUUAUGCUGCUAUCCCCUAUAGGAUUUGGGGGGUUAAAAAUAUGUGAGAUUUUUUCCAUUUAAUCACAAGUAUUUUACCUGAAACAUAAACUGAUUUUUUUGACACGUGGCAAAAAAAAGCUGCACAUUCUAAUAUGUUUAUUUAGAGUAAUCUCUAGUCAUUUGCUACUGAAUCCCCUGAAAGUUCAUACAUAAGGGACAGAUAAUUUACCUCAUGUUAAAUUACUUCUGAACUGGCUGCCUUUGCUGUUUUUGACUGUCAGGUUCAUUUUUAGCUCUUUUUCCCCCCAUAUUCUGUUUAACUUAAGUAGAUAAAUACUUUAGAUAGCUCAGCUGUCAUUCCGACACAAAAGACUUUGGGGGAGAUUUAUCAAAACCUGUCCAGAGGAAAAAUUGCUGAGUUGCCCAUAGUAACCAAUCAGAUCGUUUCUUUCAUUUUUCACAGACCUUUUCAAAUUUUUUUCCUCUGGACAGGUUUUAAUAAAUCUCCCCCAUUGUGAAUGGCUGGUGUAGUAAUACGUUUGAAGGGUUGAACAGCUUUUUAUAGGUCUUGCUGAGUUUGUUGGAGAAAGCCCCACAUCCUGGGAAUUCUUCUUCAUACCCGUUUCAAUGGGCCACUUGUGGCUUGUUGGUGCAGAGAAACAGCUGAUCUUGAGGUUCCCUUCUAUGAUCAGAUGAGUCUGACAAGUCCAAAUCUAAAAAAAUAUUUUCUUUUUAGAGUAGAAGAGUCUAAAGAGUCUUCAACCCCUUUAACUCUCAGUAAGCACAGCAGCAGAACAUUCUGUAAGUAACACGAAGGUCUACUAAAAACUUUCCAUAUAGACUGCAAAGGAAGUUCUACAUUGUUGUUUUAGAAGUGUUAGUAUAAGUGAAGUAUAAGUACCAUGAUAGGACUCAGUUUUAUGGAUUAAGUCACUGUUAUAUCUUUAAGAUGGAAACAAACAAAAAAUUACUAUGAAACUGAACUUCUGUUUUUGGACAGAAAGUGACAUUGAAGGAAACAUGACUUAUGAACCUAUAUUGGUUUAGUCAGUAUGUGUCAAGCUGCUUAUCUGCUCAGAACUGUAGAAGAUGUCCUUGCACAAGACUGUUCUCCAGUGGCCCUGUUUUUGGCACUUAUUAGGUCAUGUCCUUUAACACUUUGGACUUUGGUGUAAUAAUUAACCAGUUCAGCAAGGCCUCCCACCACAGAUUUCAGAGGCUUUAUACAUUCCCUAUUGAUCGCACUUGGUAUAUAUAUUUUUUUAUAUUGUACAUGCCUAAUAAAUACCCUGCUGAAAAAAAUAAAGGGAACACAUAAACAACACAAUGUAACUCCAAGUCACUGACACUUCUGUGAAAUCACACUGUCCACUCAGGAAGAACACUGAUUGACAAUCAAUUUCACAUGCUGUUGUGCAAAUGGAACAGACAACAGGUGGAAAUUAUAGACAAUUAGUAAGACACCCCCAAUAAAGGAGUGUUUCUGCAGGUGGUGACCACAGACCGCUUCUCAGUUACUAUGCUUCCUGGCUGAUGUUUUGGUCACUUAUGAAUGCUGGCGGUGCUUUCACUCUAGUCAAAGGGGCUCCUGUAGUGUAGCUCAUCCAGGAUGGCACCCAUGGCGUUGUAGGGAGGUCAUACGGGCACGUAGAGACCACACACACUACUGAGCCUUAUUGUGACUUGUUUUAAGGACAUUACAUAAAGUUGGAUCAGCCUGCAGUGCGGUUUUCCAGACCUCCAUGGGUUGAUAAAUUUGAUUUCCAUUGAUAUAUUUUGUGUGAUUUUUUUGUCAGCACAUUCAACUAUGUAAAGACGAAAGUAUUUCAUACAAUUAGUUCAUUCAUUCCGAUCUGGGAUGUGUUAUCUUAGUGUUCCCUUUAUUUUUUUGAGCAGUGUAAAUUGAUUUUGACAUUGAGUUGUAAUAAAAGUUACUGUUAAUAGAAAAAUCAAAAACAUCCCUUGAGGACAUGUUUGGGCCCCGUUAAUCUGUCAUAAUUUAAGUAUAGAUUACAAAUAUCCAGUGUUCUGGGCCUUAGUGCUAAAUCUUUUAUUGUUCCCCCAACUAUUAUGGUUCAUAUGUAGUAAUGGUCACCUCAUCCAGGACAGAGAGACCUUUAGAGACCCCACUGUCUCAGCUUCUACACCCAUUAUAGUUAUACCCUUGAGUCAGGUAUUGUUAUCUGUAAUGUAAAUGUUGUUGUCAGUAUUGAUCGUAACUAUUUGCUAUGGGCAUUCUCUAACAGCAGUUCCCAAACUUCACUGGGGUUUUUCCAGUUGAUCCUAAGGUCUCAGUAUGGUGUAGCAACCUUUGCAUUGCUUAUAAGGUAUGAAUGCCAAUGCCAGCCACUCAACCAACACUUGUAGUGACUGGUAGCAGGGCAUAUUUGCCAUCUUUCAGAUUGCUAGGAUGCAACUCAGAAUUUGGGAAACAGGCAGCUUCAUAUUCCAGAAUUAAAGAAAAAAAUUUAUAUGUUGCUGGGGCCAGGUUUAAAUAGAAAAAAAAACCUAUGCUACCUACCCUCCACUUUUUCUCCCACAGCUCCCGUUUAGCUCCUUCUGGUCCCCCAAUGUUUCGGUCUUCUACCUCCUUGCGCUCUGAACAGGACAUUCUCACUGCCCCCAUCUUGGCCAGAGGUUGAGGGAGCUGACAGGUCCUGCACUGAGUGCUCAUCUCAAAAGCAUGAAGAAGACAGGAGAUCAGAGGACUAAACGGGGGAUAUGGGGGUAGGUAAGUAUAAUUUUUUUCCUAUUUUUAACCUGGCCCCAGCAACAUUUGAUUUGUUUAAAAAGACCCCUUUAACUCCUGUAUUACAGCUGUAAUACCACAAGUUUUGUUCAGUAAAACCAAGUCUUGUGGCCAAAACACAGAUAUUAUAAUUGAACCUUAGAUUGUAUGAAACCAUUGGCCUCUCCAAUUGUGUCUGCAUCUUACUUACUGGCCUAGACUUCAGAAAGGGUCUUACUACAGUGGUCAUAGAUUUUCUAUAUGAAUUCUCCCAUUUUCCUUUAGCUUUAUUUGUAGAAUCAUAAAUGUAAUUAAAUCUGGAUUUUUAGUUUCAAAAAGAUUAGUCUAUAUAAAUAGUUUGUAUGAAAAAUGUCUAAAAGACCCAGAAUCAGACAGCAGAUUCUUCUAAAACUGUAGGAUAGUGGUAAAUUGUAAUAUUUUUAAAGCACUUUAAAAUAAUUGUGCAGAUAGAUUUUGUAUCUCUCCCGUAGUAUUUUGCAAUCUGUAACUCUUCAUUUGUUGGAAGACUACAACCUCCAGUAUGUUCCCAUUCUGGGAGUUUUAGUCCUCCAACAGCUAGAGAGCCUCAAGUUGCACAUCAUUGCUGUACUGAGGAAGCAAAUCUAGCAUUAAUGUAACUGUAGUCGGAUGGUUGACUGGAAUCACUAUAUCUUCCUGCCUUAGUCAUAUCACUAAAUUCCCGGGGAAGUGACAGGUUAAUGUCCCCUCCAAGACCACAGUAGUUCAUCCAUGAAUUGAGAGACCGGCGUACUCAUAAACCACCGGUCCACCCACAAAAUAGCUGCUUGUGUGUUGAUGACGGAUAUUUAACGUAAUGUUUUCAGUUUUCUUGUUUUGACUUUCAAGCGUGAAAAUCUGUUUGACUACAUUGCUAACCUGAUAUCUACAAUUUCACUUCAUUCACCGCAGAUUCUGCUGCUAGAUGAAAUUGCAUCAACGUAAUUGUCAGCAUUAAAAAAAAAAAAAAGAAUCAGCUGACUUCAGAUUUAGGAGGACAAUGAUGCCCUGUCAUUAUAAUGUACAAGUAGUGGCAGAGUUAAUGGAGUAAGUACAACAUAGUAGAUGCAGCUAAGGUGGCACAGUUCAUGUGUUGACUGCUCCUGUGACAUAGGAGGUGAGGGUCAGUGCACUCUGCAGUCGUUCCCCUGAAGCACACAUAUAGUCAUACUGCAGGAAUAGUAUAGUGCAGCUCCCCUAUAUGUUUCAUCUUGCAUGUUGUCAGUUUGCAUAGAUAGUAAACUUUGGUUCUGUUGAUCUGGAUUUCUCUACAUAGUCUUCUUAUGUUCAAUUACCUGCCUUGGCCUGCAUUUGGGUGACUUUUAGCUGAGUUUUAUUUUCAUUGCUUUGAAUGAGUACAUGCUGCCUGUUGAUUGUUAUGAGAAUUUGCCUGAUGACAACUGAAAAGCACAGUGUAUUUUGGUAUACAUGUAGAGCACUGGGUGCAAGGUGCUAAACCUUUAGGGAGUUUGUUCGUAGUAGAAGCAAAUAGCAUUGUACAAAAAGCACAGUAAAGGUCCAUUCACAUAGCAGAAUUUCCGCUUGCAGAAUUUCACCUCAAAUAAAAGCCUAUAGACUUCUAUGGGAUUCCGCACUCCCAUUCACACUUCGGAAUUUCCGCUUGAGGGAGUUCCAUUAGCGGAAUUCCGCAAGUGGAAAUUCAGAAGUGUGAAUGGAAGUGCGGAAUCCCAUAGAAGUCUAUGGGCUUUAAUUUGAGGUGGAGUUCUGCAUGCAGAUUUCCAAAAGCAGAAAUUCUGCUGUGUGAAUAGACCCUUAGCCUCAUUCCUCUAGAAGAGUUCUCCCCAACCAAUGGCUCUCCAGUUGUUGCAAAACUACACCAUGGGAGUUUUGCACCAGCUGCAGAUUUCAGUGGGACAGGCCGACCAUCUGAUGUGUACGGCGGCCUAGCGGUUGAGUGUGUUGGUUUUCAAAUACCCAAUCCACCACCAAAGGAGUUUGGCAGCAGUUUCCCCUAUCUCUACAUUCGGAACACACGUACAUUUGACCAAGAUCGAGCAAGGAUAUAUAUGGUGGGCAUUUGGAGAUAUAGCUCUAAGCCAACAGCUUAAUCUACUUUUUUGGUGCAAUAAGACAGAGGGAUAACUUUAGGCUGCCGAACUCAAUGCAAAACUAUUUGCAGUCCUAGAUUUGGAUACCCACUAUUCUCCACCUUUUACCACCAUCUUCAUGGCAGUCACCCCUAUAAACACAGCUUCAAAUCCUCUGCAUAGGUUUACGAGAUAACAUACAGACUGCCUACAGCCACUACUAGAACUGAAGCUAACUGUGUAUUGUCUUCAGGGUAUUCGAUAAACUCCAUCUAGUGGUGACUGCAAGCACAGAAUUUAUUAGAUUGAUAUCUUAGCAGGGGAUUUGGAGUUGUACAUUUAAAAACAUGGCAUAACAUUUUAGGAUCAGGUCAGAUUAUUUGGGUUACUUAUUACUUUAAUAAACUAAUAGUAUUGUGCCGCUCUCGAUGGUGGACAUCACGUGGCUCCAGCCUCAGUGACCAACAGAUAGUAACAAUGGUUGCUCUGGUUUCAGCACAUUUUCUGCUUGCACAUCCAUGAUAUUAGUAAAUAUCCACCCGGUUUGUCCUCAGUGUAAAAGCUUCUCUUCAGAAGAUUUUUCCAUGGUGCUCAUCUUGCAGCCUAAGAAUAGAUUAAUAUUUGAAGGCUCGUGUGUCAUAAAUCUCCCUUCUGAUAAGUUAGGCCUUUCAGUAACUAAGGUGAUUUACAACAGAAUUACGGCUGUUUUGCCUAUGUGUGUACUUAUCAAGCGGUGAAUGGUUAUGUGAUAUUAAGACUCCGGGCACAAGGGUUAUCCGUGGAGAUAAAACACCCUUCUCAAGGACUGCUGUCGGUCACUGCAAAUUAUUUUAAUCCUUGCAUUGUACAUGGUGACAUUUAUAUAUUCUCUUUUUUGUCAUUAUAUAGUGAUGUGCCUAAAAAACUUAACUGCACCAGCAAAUAUAGAUUUUAAUGAACACCCAGGUCCCAUCUCACUUCAAGUAAUCUUGUGCCUUGCACAGCUUAGCAAUGGUCUCCAGGUUGUGGCUGUCUAGAUGUGGCCAUAGCUUGGAGAACAUUGACCUACAGUUUUCUCAUUGGAUAGAGAUGGAGCCCUUUUCAGCUGUUGAAGAGGCUCUGAUCCCAGUACACAACUGGGAGGACGUUCAGGGACCUGUAGUCCCCACCGUUACUGGACAUUCGGAAGUCCCCAUAGCCUGCUAAACAUGUCCAUUAUCAACAGCUGCAAUAAGCACUAUACGUUUUGUCUGUUAAUUACCUAUGCAUAUUUUAUGUGUUGUACAAAAGGGAUUGAGGGGGAAGGGGGGUGGGGUAGUAGAAUUUUUGAAAACUUUUAGGAAAAUUAGUAAAAUUGAAACAAUUUUCUCGGUGCACUUUUAGCAACCUUUACAAUUUGAAUUUUUUUUUUAGAUCCUAGCCUAAAAAAAAGCAAUAGUUAAUGCAACAUGAAAUGAGAUUUGUCACUUUUGUUCUUGAUGAACAUGAAGGAACAGCAUUUUAUAGGGGUUCACCUAUUUUUAAGGGAAUUGUUUCUCCUAGGGAAUAAUUAGGGAUUCAUCAGUUUUGGAAUGCAAUAGAAGAGAUACAGCAUGUGACAUUUUUUUGGCAGAGAUAACAAAUUUUGUUUGACUACUAUGUGUUGCCCAAUGCAACUCACCCAUUGUACCAGUUGACCAGCAUGGCUAGUCCAAGGGCUGCAGUGCGGUGUGAAUGCUCUUGCCUUGUCCCAGCAUUUUGCAGAAGCCUUAAUGCUCUUUUAUGGGCAGCAUCACAUGAGAGCUUCUGUUGCAUUCCAGUGCAUGGCAAAAUUUCAUGGGCUCUAUAUUCAUGAACAUAUUCUACAACCCUUAAGGUUGUCCCUUUUGGAAGUCUCUUUUUCAUAUAAAGGUCCUCCAAUUAUCAACUGUAAUGGGUGGGGGAAUCUGGCAGCAAGUGUUCAGUUUCCCUGCAGUGCCUCCGCAGGGGAAAUGAAGAAUUACAUGGUGCCCAUUAAAUACUCAAUAGGCUGUUGAUGUAAUAUGUGGAUGUGUUGGGUCCUUCACAAUGUAAAACACUCUUUGUAGCCGCUCACUAAUCAUGAACUUUAAUUUAUCUUUAUUCUAGCAUCUAAAUAAGCCUUAUCAUUUAUAUAUUUUAUUGACUUAGUCUUAACCUCCUUUGUCACAUUUCUUAUGUGUAUUCUUAUAGUACUUAUACAAACUAUUCUUAUUGGUUCUAAAUUAAUAAUUCCUAAUAUUUCCCCAACUCGUAAAUUGUAGGCUUCUCUCGUGUAAGAUUUUUUCCCCCCAAGAAUUGUGCCUCUGAAUAUUAUGUUUUGUGGAAUAUUUUGCUAGUAUAACUUGUGGUUGCAUACCGUAUAGGUAAGACUUUUCUUUAUCCAGAGGGGGUAGCUUUUAUAAGACCUUGUAUAUAUUUGAUGAAGUAGUUCAACAGAGAAAUGAAAAAUAAAACAUUGAAUUUCUAUAGAAAAAAAAGCUAAGGAAUAAAAAAAAAAAAACAGCUUUGUUGGGAAAAAAAAUUACCUUUUACAUUUUAAAAGCUGCGCUAUCUUUCAGUAUGCAUAAAGCAAGGUGUGUGUAUAUAUAAUGAUAUGUAAAAGUGUUUUUUAUACAUAAAUAUGUUGCAGAACUGCUCGUACUGACUAAGAUGCCUACACAGGGCUGAUCUACGGGCCAUUGUGACAAAUAUGAAGCUCAAUAAACACAUAGAAGUAGUCAUUUCUUUCUAUAAAAAAAUAAAAAAAAAGGGGAAAAAAAAUAGAUUUUCACCAGCAACAUUGUAAAAUAAAAAUAAAUUGAGUUUUACCAAACUCGGACGGCAUUAUGUAUGAAAGUCCAGGAUGAAAAAUUUAUUUGCUAAAUGUAUAAUAUAUUACAUGACAGUAUAUAGAAUUCAUUGUGUAUCUAUUGCUCUGUUUUAUUUCUGCUCUUCGCUGUGUAUUUAACAUCUUAAGAUGAUGUAGGUAUUUUUUUUUUCUUGUUACAAAAAAAAAAAUCUAAAAUGCAUUAUGUGAAUAAAUUGGUUUUAUUGCACUUAGCACAAUCUCUUUUAUAUUCUAUCUUAGUUACAUAAACUCUGCCUAUAUAGGGGGUGUAAAAAAAUAGAUUUUUUUCAAUUCAACCCUUCAGUUUCUGUAAACAAUUGUUAUACUGUUAUACUAAUGUGGGAAUAUAUAUUUUUAUUUAAAUUUUUGUUUCUAGGCCUACAUGGCCAUUUCAUCCGAGUCUCUUAAAUCUCAGCCAAAACUAAAAGGAAAAAAAAAACUAUAAUAAUUGUUUGUAACUACUGUGUAUUUUACACUGAAUCUUAAUAUAAAUCGCUUGCUCUCGCGGUUUUGUAUUGGUAAAAAAAAAACUGGCAUUACUCAGAUGAGUGAAAGAUGAUUACAAAAUGAAAAAAUAUUCCGAGUCUUUAUGUGUGUGUAAAUAAUGAUAAAAUUGUGAUGAAACACUGCCUUUAUAUUAUUUAGCAAUAUGUUGUAUAUAGCAUUAUUAUGUUUUUUUUUUGUAAUGAAAAUCAUAUAAUUUUAACAUAGUUAUAAAAAAAAGAAUGAUUUUUUUUCUUUUUGUUCUUUUCUAGUUAGAGGCAAUUUUUGUGGAUUUUUUUUGUCAAAUGUUCUGAAAACUUUGCAUAAUUUAUUGUUUUAAUUUAUCCUAAUUUAUUUUGAUGAAGGUGUACAUUUUUUGUAUUGCCAAGGAUGUACUGUAAUGAUAUUUGAUGAAACUACUACAUGAUAAAAUGCCCAUUCCAUUUCAAGGAAGAAAUACACAAAACAAAAAACAAUAAUAAUAAAAAUAAAAAAAAGAUACAACAUUUUGUGGUAGACAAUUGAUUUCCAAGUUUCAUGCUUGGCAGCUACGAAAAUUAAUGAAAUAAAAUACAGACGAGGAUGUGAUUUGAUGGUAGUGAUGGUGCAGGUGGGAGGGGGCAGGGUAUUUUAUUGAGUGUGUUUUAAGCUUUUGUAUACUCUCCAGACUUUAACCUUUUCGCUUUGUACCACUUAAAAAAUUCAGUAGUUCAAUUGCCUUGUGUGCCUUCCAUCUUCUCUGAACUGAAUGUAUGUGCAGUAUAUAUGCAAGCUUGUGCAAAAUAAAAUAUAAAUUACAAGCUCAUUGCAGUUCUUUAGAUUUAUUUCAAACUUUAUGUACUUUUAUGUCUGUAUUGGACUGUCGCGUAAAGGUAUUUUUUUAAGUAGAUGCUUUUACUGGCUGCUGCUAAGAAAUUUUUUUUUAUA